AUGGCUUCUCCAGCAUCAUCAACAAGUAAACAAAGAGAUGAAUACUGUUGUGUACCAUUUUGUAAUGGCAAUGUCAGAACUAAUAAAGAGCUGAGUUUUCAUCAGAUACCUUCCGAAAAGAAAAUGCUAACAAGAAAACAGUCGAUUGUUGCAAUCCGUAGAGAUGAAGGUGAAUUUUUCAAGAUUGGAGGAAAUACAGUGGUUUGUUCCAAACAUUUCAAGAAGGAAGAUUACCGCUGGACUCCUAACAGAAAAUGUCUCAAACCAGAAGCUGUUCCAUCUUUCUUUGAUUGGAAAUUAACUGAAAGCAGCAGAAAUGCCCCCACAUCAAGACAGUCCCUUUUCAAGAAGAUGAAACUUGACGAUCCUGAAGAUGAAGAUGAAAUGGUUGUAGACGAGAGUGUCUGUGAAGUUCACAAUUCACAAAGUGUUGAUCAUGAAAAUGACAUGAGUUGUGAUUCCAACAUUCAUGCUGGCUGUCUUGAGAAAAUUGAGAACCUGGAACAUGUGGUACAGCAAAAGGACUCUAAACUUAAAGACAAGACCUAUGAGCUGGCACGUUUAAACCAGAAAUUACAAAUGGAACGGUUCGGAGUAACAAGAUUUUCUUACGACCAUGAAAUGAUAGAGUUUUUUACUGGAUUUCCAACUUUUGAGUUAUUUUUAAUUUUCUAUUCUGCUAUCAAGCCUACUGCAACAAGAAUGAAAACUGUGUAG